GUCUGUGUAGCCGGUGGUGUUUCGAGAUAUUUUCCCUCACUUUCUCGAGAAAAUCUAGGCUUCGAUGAAGUUUGGUUAAUUAGUUGGGCGAAAAUGAUGAAGAAGAGGUCCAAUGCACGCGGCAGAAUGAGCGAGGCCGCAACUAAUACCACGUCGUCAGCGUCAAUUGAAGAAGAUGUAGAGUGGGAGAUGAGACCUGGAGGAAUGCUUGUUCAGAAAAGAAGCGAUAAUAAAACAGAAAUUCCGGGUCCGAAGUUUCGGAUUCGGGUCGCGUACGGCGCGCUCCGGUACGAGAUCUUCGUGAACUCUCAAGCAACUUUUGGGGAGGUGAAGAAGCUUCUGACGGCGGAGACAGGCUUGCAGGCCGGUGAUCAACGGAUUGUGUACCGAGGGAAAGAGAGGGAAAAUGGGGAGUACCUGGACAUGUGUGGGGUCAAGGACCGAACGAAGCUGACACUAAUUGAGGACCCAGCAAGCAUCGAGAGGAGAUGUAUCGAGAUGCGUAGGAACUCCAAGAUUCAGAGCGCCCAUCGUGCCAUCUCAGACUUGACCAUUGACAUCGAUAAGCUCAUAGAGCAGGUUUCUGCUAUUGAAAAAUCAAUCUCAAAUGGAGUUAAGGUACCAGAAGUUCAAAUCACCACAUUAAUUGAGAUGUUAAUGAGACAAGCAAUCAAGCUGGACUCCAUUUCUGCGGAAGGAGAAGCUUCUUCUCUGAAAACUUUGCAGGGUAAGAGAGUGCAGAAGUGUGUAGAAACUCUUGAUGUGUUGAAGAUAUCGAAUGCGAGAGUAAAGGCAGUUGUUGUCACCACCAAGUGGGAGACCUUUGAUCCUUCACCAACCACAGUACCCCAGUGGGAGUUUUUUGAUUGAUCAGAUCAAUCCUUCAUUUCUUGUUCUUCAUAUUCAUUCCACUGUAGCUAUAGCUCAGCAUAAGUGGGGUACAAUGCUCGUGUACUUGUGACAAACCCUCCACAAGUGUACUUAAUAAGUGCCGGGAGAUUAUUAGGUGUUUUGAGGUUUGUCCAAACUUUUUAUGUAUAGAUUAUGUUGUUAGAGAUCUUGAAAUUUGUUAGUCUUGUCCACCUCUUUUGCA